GACGUGGCUGGGCUAAAGUUGUCACUUUUUUUUUUGUAAUUUUAUGGUGUCCGAGGUUCUACUUGGCAAAUUUUCUAUUUUCCAAUUACAUUUCUCGGUUAAAUUGUGAAAAAUUUGACCAAUUCAUCGAAUUAAUCACAAUGACGACCUACGAAGAAUUUAUCCAACAAAAUGAAGAUCGCGAUGGUGUACGAUUGACAUGGAACGUAUGGCCUUCAAGUCGCAUCGAUGCAACUCGUCUUGUCGUGCCAUUGGCUUGCCUCUAUCAACCACUCAAAGAGCGCCCAGAUCUGCCACCAAUUCAAUAUGAGCCUGUUCUAUGUACGAGAAGCAAUUGCCGUGCAAUUUUGAAUCCACUUUGCCAAGUAGACUAUCGUGCCAAGUUAUGGGUGUGCAACUUUUGUUUCCAAAGGAAUCCGUUUCCUCCCCAAUAUGCUGCAAUUUCAGAACAACAUCAGCCCGCUGAAUUGAUACCAAGCUUUAGUACCAUCGAGUAUACAAUUGCAAGGGCUCCCUGCAUGCCUCCAGUUUUUAUAUUCCUUGUCGACACUUGCAUGGACGAGGAAGAACUUGAUGCUUUGAAGGACUCGUUGCAAACAUCUCUUAGUUUAUUGCCACCCAAUACCUUAGUUGGUCUCAUUACAUUUGGAAAAAUGAUUCAAGUCCAUGAGUUGGGCUCAGAGGGUUGUUCAAAGAGCUACGUUUUCCGUGGAACUAAAGACCUCUCUGCUAAACAAAUCCAAGAAAUGUUAGGAAUUGGCCGAGCUAGUAGUGGUGGAUCUGCAGGACAUCCCAAUACAGCCCCCGGACAACCACAACAACGAAUGCCCCACAAUCCAGUUGAGCCGCCAGCAAAUAGAUUCUUACAACCUAUCAGCAAAUGUGAUAUGGCUUUGGGAGAAUUGCUAAGUGAGCUGCAAAGAGAUCCAUGGCCAGUGCCACAAGGCAAGCGUUACCUUAGAUCGACUGGAGCGGCUUUGGCAAUUGCUGUUGGUCUUCUCGAAUGCACUUAUCCCAAUACAGGCGGCAGAAUUAUGUCCUUUGUCGGCGGUCCAUGCUCUCAGGGUCCCGGCCAAGUUGUCGAUGAUGAACUUAAACAUCCAAUUCGUUCCCAUCACGACAUCACAAAGGACAAUGUGAAAUACAUGAAGAAGGCAAUCAAACACUACGAUGCCUUAGCUCUUCGAGCUGCCACCAAUGGCCAUUGCAUCGAUAUCUAUUCAUGUGCUCUCGAUCAGACUGGUCUGAUGGAAAUGAAACAAUGUUGCAAUUCUACCGGUGGACAUAUGGUCAUGGGUGAUUCUUUCAAUUCUUCACUCUUCAAACAGACAUUCCAACGAGUGUUUGCUCGUGAUCAACGUUCUGAUCUGAAAAUGGCUUUCAAUGCUAAUCUCGAGGUUAAAUGUUCGAGGGAACUUAAAGUUUCUGGAGGCAUUGGAUCGUGUGUGUCGUUGAAUAUUAAGAGUCCAUGUGUGUCUGAUGUGGAAGUCGGUAUGGGAGGAACUGUUCAGUGGAAGUUAUGUAGUUUGAAUACCAGCACAACAAUGGGAUUCUUCUUUGAAGUAGUCAAUCAACAUGCCUCACCAAUGCCACAAGGUGGUCGUGGUUGCAUUCAGUUUAUAACACAGUAUCAACAUCCAAGUGGUCAACGUAGGAUACGUGUUACAACUUUGGCUAGAAAUUGGGCAGAUGCGACACAAAAUAUUCAUCAUAUUAGCGCUGGUUUCGAUCAAGAGGCAGCUGCCGUUAUAAUGGCUCGCAUGGUUGUUUACCGUGCUGAAACAGAUGAGGGUGUGGAUAUUCUUAGAUGGGUUGAUAGACAACUUAUUCGAUUGUGUCAGAAGUUCGGUGAGUAUGGCAAGGACGAUCCAAAUAGCUUCCGUUUGGCGGAAAAUUUCAGUCUUUUCCCGCAAUUUAUGUACCAUUUGCGUAGAUCGCAAUUCCUCCAAGUAUUUAAUAAUUCGCCUGAUGAAACUACAUUCUACCGGCACAUGCUGAUGCGAGAGGAUCUAACACAAUCGCUUAUCAUGAUACAACCAAUCCUGUAUAGCUAUUCGUUCAACGGUCCUCCUGAACCGGUUCUGCUAGACACAUCUUCCAUCCAACCUGAUCGAAUUCUCCUCAUGGACACUUUCUUCCAAAUUCUGAUCUAUCAUGGAGAAACCAUUGCCCAGUGGCGGGCACUCAAGUAUCAAGAUAUGCCUGAGUAUGAAAACUUUAAGCAAUUGCUACAAGCACCUGUGGAUGAUGCACAGGAAAUAUUGCAAACUCGUUUCCCCAUGCCACGUUAUAUUGACACCGAACACGGAGGCUCACAAGCUCGAUUUUUACUUUCCAAAGUCAAUCCAUCACAGACGCAUAAUAAUAUGUAUGCUUAUGGUCAGCCACCAAUUGGCUCAACAACGGAUGGCGGAGCACCGGUUCUCACAGAUGAUGUUUCACUACAACUUUUCAUGGAACAUUUGAAAAAACUUGCAGUUUCCUCCACAACAUAAUCAAGAAAAUUAUGAUUAUGAUGAAUGCAAAAUUGAAAAUAAUUAGUUCGCCGCAAUUAAUUCGAAGUCGAAAAGAAAUGAUGGUGAACAUUUUCAUUACUAAGCGAUAUGAGAAAUAAAAAGUCUUUUAAAAAAUAUUUAUAAAUAUUAUUAUCUUUGAAAAUAAAAGUUAUUAGAAUGCAUUGCGCAAAACAUUA